CAUUAAAAGCAGAUGAAAGUCGCGCAGCUGCACUCUACCUUGUCAUAGGUGCACUAGGACACACAUAAGUACCUUAUCUCUUAGCGUUUCUUCACAUGUAGACUAUUUUAUUUUUAAUUUUUUGUGUUUUUCCCCCCACAGGUCAUUGAAUUCGAACGCUUAUCUAAACCCCACUAGUGACUCAAAAGGAAACAGGGUGAUGGUCUGAUCGCUGUCCAGUUGAUUUCAUGGAUAUGGGAAUUGCGCACGGUCGGUUCACUUUGCUUUGACUGAUUCCAAUAAACUUCUUCAGAUCUCGAAGAAUCUCUCCCAGUUGAUGCCAAGGAUCAUGACCAUGAACGGUACCCACAAGUCGGUUGCCCCAGUGCCGCUGGAUUUGCGCACCAAUGUCCGAGUGCGUGGGAACGCCGGGGGGACUCCAGCCUGUGGCUCCAGGGACGCUCGGGUAACAGGCGGUUCACCUGCACCUCCGGCGUUCACAGGGGCGGACAGUUUAGAUGAAAACUGCCCCACGGUCAGAGGCGUAUCGGUCUCACCAACCAGUACUUCUCGCAAGCGUCCAGCGGAUAGAUCUGCCUCACAGCUUCCUUUUAGGAAACGCCCGAUUCCUGUCGAACCGGAGACCAAGAGACUGUCACCGUCUAAAGCAGAAAGAGAAGACCGAUUUUCUCCUCCGGAAGAUAAGACUUUAGCCGAUCCCGUGGAAAGAGUCGGCAUAGCACCAGUGACUCCCAGGCAGCUGGAAGGACAGAUUCCAAAUGGAUACCCCAUAUGCUUUUUCCCUUACGGUCAUUGCCCAGUGUUCUGCCUGCCUCAUCUCUCAGAGCCAAAUAAUGUUGUGGCCCACCAAACUGAAAACGUCCUGGCUGGUAUCGCUCAAGCAACAAGACAAGAUGAAGAUGGAGAUACAGCUCUCCACAUAGCCGUGGUCCAGGGAGCAUUGGCCAUAGUCUCCAACCUCAUCCAGCUCUUGGUGUUGGGUCAUAAAGACAUUGAUAUCUACAACAAUCUCCGUCAGACUCCCCUUCAUCUGGCAGUGAUAACUAAGCAGGCAAACAUGGUGGAAGCUUUGUUGAAAGCAGGGGCUGACCCUGCAGCCUUGGACCGUAAUGGGCAAACAGCGCUCCACCUCUGCUGUGAAUAUGACCAGCGGGAUUGCCUGUCUGUAGUGCUUUCGAUGCCAUCAUCUGCCACCUGCCUUGAGAUCCGAAAUUUUGAUGGUUUGAGCCCUCUCCAUCUGGCUGUUCUGCAGGGCCGUAAGGAUUUGGCAAGAAUGUUACUGGAUGCUGGAGCUGACAUCAAUGCCAUGGACAUCAAAAGUGGCCAGAGUCCUCUCAUGCAUGCUGUGGAGAGCAAUAACGCAGACAUGGUCCACUUCCUCAUUGAGAAUAGAUGUGAUGUCAACAGCCAGUCAUAUAGUGGGAACACGGCCCUACACAGCGCUUGUGGCCGAGGUCAGGUGGAGACAGUGCGGCUGCUGCUGAAGAGUGGAGCUGACAGUAGCCUCAAGAACUACCACAAUGACACCCCAGUGAUGGUGGCCAAGAACAAAAAAAUAGCAGAUGUGUUACGAGGAAGAGGCUCCAGGCAAAUAAGAGUCCAAGAUCAGCACUGUAUGUCAGUCUCACCAGUUGAGAGCAACCUAACAGAAAACGGGUCUCCAUCUCCCAGCCAUAGUCGUGGGUGCUCACCUUCAACUACGCCACACAUUGUUCAUCAGAAUGCUUCCCACUCUCCAGAGACUUCCAUUUUACGAUCUCAGACUUAUUUUCCAGUAAGACUUACAUCUAUGUCCACACAGUCGAGCAUCAAGGAAGCAAUCAGACAACAUCAUGCUGGAGAGGGCUUCACCCAAUGGGAUGGCGGGGCAGGAAUGGACUGCACCUGAAAUUAGGCCAAACCUCCCAUUUUUCUUCCCUGGACAAUCAUAGUUUGUGUCCUUUCUCAGGCUUUCAUGCCUUGACAGACUUGCCUGCAACCUCCCUGCUUAGCUUGCUGCUUCUAAGGAGACUCCGGUCCUGUACUGACUCUUUGAAAACUGGGGAGUGAAACACUGCUGGAAAACUAUGCAUCAGUAGAAAUAUUCCACUGCAUGCAUUCAAGACUGAACAUAAAAAAACAUUUUUUAAAACUAUGUACAGACAUGAGUAAAUGACUGCUACGGACCAAAGCUCAGUGAACUCAGAGUCCCAUCGUAAAAGUAUUUCUAGGCACUUUGUCUUAAUUUCUGAUUAGCAGAUUAGAGGGGAUGAUGGUAUGCAACAAAUGUACCUGGCCUUACUUGAACUGUGGAUAUUGCAUUAAGAGUGUCUUCAUCAUUAUGCCACCAAGACUUCUUAAGUUUGCAGUAUCCUUGUAAGACUUAUAUAUUGCACAGUCAAAUACCUGGUUUCCUUUCUUUUGAUAAUCUGUGCACAGGCAUUGUACCUCUUAUGUCUGUUAGUGUGCGUGUUGAUGUGUUUUUUUAAUGUUAAA